AACUUCGGGGUCAAGGAUAAAGAGGGGUCAAGUGAUAGUCUUGAUCCCAGAACAGCUAGAGUUAAUAAACCGAACACCCUGAGUACGAGAUUCCAAGAUGGCUGCCGUUGGUCCAGAAUUGUUUGUCCGAAUCGCCGGUGUUUCUGGGGCUCUAGCCGUGGCGUUAGGCGCUUACGGAGCUCACGCAUUCCGGGGUGAUGUUGGGGAGAAAAAAACGUUUGACACAGGGAACAGAUACCACCUCCUGCACAGCCUGGCUCUGUUGGCAGUCCCUCUCACUCGCAGGCCACUACUGGUUGGCUCCCUGUUGGCGUCCGGUACUCUCCUGUUCAGUGGAGGCUGUUAUCUCAGCUCACUGUUGGAGAUGCGCUCCGCUGCCAAGAUAACCCCCAUUGGUGGCAUGCUGCUCAUCGCCGGCUGGCUCUGUAUUGCUCUGUAAAGUUUUUUUUUCCAUCCCACUCAUUGCUUGAGAGCCCAUAUUGUUGAUUUUCGUUGUUAAAUCUGCCAUUGUAAGCUUACAAAUUGUAUUUUGGUCAAUUUCAUGUCAUAAAAUUUGAAUUUUUCAAAAAUGUGUCCAUCCCAAUAAGCAACUUUUCAUCCCAGUAUAAGUCCUGGAAGAGAAUAUCAGAAGAAUACUUAAAAAUUAUCAAUGACCCACAGAAAUGCUGUAGACAGUUGAACUGGGAUUCAUUGAGAUGCAAAUAAAAAUGAUACCAACACAGCCAUCAA